GGAGGAGAAGGGGAGUCAAACCACAGAGAGGAUGACGGAGGGAGAGAAGAGAUAAACACCUUUAUAAAACCUGAGCAGCGAGCCUCUCAGGAUGGAUCGGCGCUCGCCGAAGGAGUUGCAGUUUGAGAGGACGAGUAAAGUGGCAGCUUAAAGGAUCAAUGUGAACGAAAGCUGACGAGGGAACAAGCGAGACGACAGGUCGAUAGACGACGAGGAUCCCUCGCGCUCGCUCAGGUCACGAUGCCAGACGAGCCGCAGGGUUUCCAGGACAGGGGGAGGCCCGGAGAACUGGCGUCUUCAGUGCCGGACGCCGUGGUGGUCGCCGGUGAUGGCGAGGGCAAAAUCCGCGGAGGCGAGAUCCUGGAGCUCGAUGAAUUCAGGAAAACAACACAUGUUGACAGUGACGUUUACAUGUUGAAAAGAAACAACAGUUUGGAAAAACAGUCGGGGCUGAGUGAAUCAGAGGUGUCCGUAGAGGUGGGAGUGGUGAAAACAGCUCAGGCCCCCGAACCUCUCGCGGUCGCUACGACGCAGCAGCCGUCGGAUCACGAUGGCCACGUCAGCUCGUCGUGUGACGGGCUGCAAACACACAACGCUGCUCCAUCGCAAACAAACGUCUGCAGCGACUCCGACUACAGCAGCAAAACAUCCAGCCCUGGAUACACGAGCACUAGUUUCAACACGGACCUCUGUGGCGACGAGUCGCCUGAGCUCGGAUCCUCGCUUGAAAAGGCGAACGCCGUCUCUACGGUCGGUUCGGACGACAAAAACGGCCCCGAAGGGGAAACGCCAUUCUGCGAAAGCCCGUCUGCUUUCCACGACUUUUCAACCAAAGUCUCCCAAACAAGGGACAGCUUCGACGUCGGGUGGGACGAGGCGGACGGAGACGAGGACGGGCGGAGCACCAGGUCCAGGCAGAGCGUGAAAGAGGGGGUGUGUUGCUGCUAUCACGCGGUCCACAGGGCCUUCCUGCGCUGCGUGGAGGAGACCCCGGCCAUGCUGUCCGGACUGGUGCUGUCUUUGGUCUUCUGCGUGGCCAUCAUCGUCCUCAUCCCCACCACAGGGAGG